AUGGAUUACCCGCCUCAGACUCAGGGAUUGACACCUCAUCCCGCCGAUCUGAAUCCGCCUCCAGCACUCAAUUCCUACCAACAGCCGCUGCACUCGCAAUCGCAGCGCCAUCUAUCCGGCUCACCCUAUUCCCAGAGAUCACGACGACCGCUGUCCUACCAGCCGCAACCCACAUACCUCGACGCCGGCGGACGCUCGAAUACUUCAUCGCCUCACCGACGCCAGAGUCCCGUUCCUGGCCGCUUCACCGAGGAGUGGGACGCCAGCCAGCGCGGCAGCUCGAUCCUCGACAAUCGCCGCGGCCGCGAUUCGCCCGUCAUGUCCUCGUCUGGAGCAGGGCCGGCCGCCAUUGGAACGGCGGCCAUGCAGCGCUCCAGCUCGGUCAACAGCUACUCAGCCGGCGAUGACCGCGGUCAUCCGCAGAGGGGCAACACGCUAAAGAAGAAGGCCUCAAUGCGACGCAGCGGCACUGGCAGCUUGGUACGAUCCAGCAGCCGGCGCAGCGCACGAGCGGGCAGCGUCAAGAGCCUCAUGCUCCAGACUGCCGACGCCGACGAGCUCCAAAGCCCAUUCUAUUGCCCUGUACCAACGACCGGCAAUCCCACCGAUGUCCUUGCCGCCAGAUUUCAGACCUGGAGGAAAAUUUUGAAGGAUCUUAUUGCGUAUUACCGCGAAAUCCAAUCUCACUACGAGCAAAAGGCAAAAUCAAUCACCAAGCUGUCCAGUGUCUCAAACAAUACUGCGACCCCCGCUUCAUUUCUCCAAACUGCCGGAAUCGACGAUGCCCUACAAAUGAUUCGCACCUAUAAUAAGACGGCCCUCCAAGAGGCUACAAAGGCGAAAGAGAUUGAAGAAGAUGUCAUCCUAGCCCUUACAGGCUUGAGAAGUGAUUUGCAACAGAAAAUUAAAGAAAUCAAGCACCUAGCUGGCGACUUCAAAAACAACGUUGAGAAAGAGAAAGAGGCUACCGGCAGAGCCGUCAAGGCUCUGUCUGAAGUCCUGGGAAAGUCCGAGAUGGACUCUUCCAACACGACCGGCAAGCAAGAUCCCUACCUUCUUAGACUGGCUGUCGAUCGCCAGAUUGAGCGCCAAAUCGAAGAAGAAAACUACCUGCAUCAGGCCUAUCUCAACCUCGAGGGCUCUGGGCGUGAGCUAGAGUCCAUCAUUGUAGGCGAGAUUCAAAAGGCAUACAAUGCCUACGCCGGCAUCCUCAAGCGCGAAGCAGAAAAUGCUCUCGAUCUUGUCGGAGAGCUGCGCGACGGACCCAUUUCUAUGCCUAAAGAUCAAGAAUGGGAGCAUUUCGUUUCCAACGACAACAGAGUGGUUAACCCCAACAUCCCUUUGCGCUCCGUUGAACAGAUUCAUUAUCCUGGACAGGACCAUUUCUCUGCACAAGAGAUCCGUGCCGGGCUAUUGGAGCGCAAAAGUAAAUACUUGAAGAGUUAUACAGCCGGGUGGUAUGUGCUUUCAACAACGCAUCUGCACGAAUUCAAGUCGGCAGACAAAGCGCAAGCUCCCAUCAUGUCCCUCUAUCUACCGGACCAGAAACUGGGAUCCCGCUCAAGCGAAGGAGGCCCAUCGAAUAAAUUCCUCCUCAAAGGCCGACAAACUGGAUCUAUGCACCGAGGGCACACUUGGGUAUUCCGGGCCGAGAGCCAUGAUACGAUGAUGGCUUGGUACGACGAUAUCAAGGCACUGACAGAGACAUCAUCGGAAGAGCGAAUUGCAUUUGUACGAUCCCAUUCAAGGAGAAGCACGAGUCAGUCGUCACAUCGAUCAGUCAGCAGCAACGAGCUCGACGAGGAAGACGAGCCGCCCUUCCAAGCAACUGAGCAGGACGUCCUCGCAGAACCCCGAUCGGAAUCGCGACGACCCCAACCAGGUGGGCGGUUCCCAUCUGACAUCCAAGUCAAUGCCCAACGAGGCUUACAGGUGCCUCACUCUCCAUCUAGUGCCGGAUCCAGCCAGGUGGCGUCGCCAAAUGCCCAGGUAAUUGCUGCCGCGACCGCCAUCCCAGGAACGGCCACGAAUGCCUAUUCGCCGGAAUAUCAUACACACUACGAUGAGAACCAUCCCGACUACGGCCAGAGAGGCGAGACUCCCAUGAAUGAAAUGCAUGCACAGGCAGUCAUUGCCAACCAUGAGGCUCAAGUCGAUGGUGUCAACCCUUAUACAAGCGAGCCGCUGGACCAGGGCAACCAGCGUAAUGUCUACGGAGCACCAGCCUUUAUUCCCGGCACCCGCCAGCCAGUAAUCCCCAAUGGUUAUCCCGGCGAAAAGUCUCUGAACCAUGAUCACCAGGCCGUAGGGGGACCCCAUGAUGCUGCUAGGGUCAAUGGUGCCGCAGGAGGUGUUGAGAUGCAAGAGAUCAACGGUGGCCACUAUACCAACGUUGGAGGCGCCAGGGAAGGACAUGUUAACAGUGUCAACCCGAACACGAUCCCCAGAUCUGAGACUCAGACAGACGCGGGUGGCUUGCAAGCUCUUCCAGGCCAGGGAGAGGGUGCAGUGCCAACCACUGCCAAUCCCGCGUACCGAGCAGUCAAGGAUAUGUCUGUUUCAAACCUACCGAUGCCAGGCAGUUUCCCUUAG